AUGGUGGUUGACAAACUUCCCUUGGAGAUCUUCUCUAACGUCAUCGAUAGGGUGGUGACCCAUUCAACAUUGCAAGAGGGAUUUCGCUUACGGACUGUCAAUCGUGCUUUCAACCGGGAAAUCCAGGCCUCCUACUUUGAUCGAGAGACCAUUGACUUCGAUGAAGAGCAAUACUGCGCUUUGACCUACCAAAUGGGUGAUCAGCACAUCUUAAGGUACAUGAAAGGACUGACUGGGGCGCGAAAACCCAAGACCGUAUUGGCUGCCAAUCUACAACAGGCAGUGGAAAUUCUGGCUUCGACUCGAGAAACCGAGUGGCAGAAUGAAUUCCACACCGACUAUUUGCCUGCUUUGAAUGACACCAUACAUCUUGAGGUAGAAGAGAGGUGCUGUCGAAUCAAGUCACUCGUUGCUCUCACUGUCUUGUCCUUCGUCAAUGUACCCAGCUUCAGUUCCGUCAUCCGUCUCGGGGAAUGCCGCAGUCAGAUGCAACCGUUGAGCUGGGCAAUUAUCACCGCAAUUCUUCUGAACAGUCGCGCCACCGUCGAAGCGCUGUUGAAGCUUCAGACCGACGUCCGAGCUCGGCUAUGGUUGUUGGCCGAUCCAGUAUAUAUUGCUGCAAGGGAGAAGAAUUAUGAACUGGUUCGAUUGCUUCUUGACAACAAUGCCGAUGUCAACUUGGGGGCCUUGUGCUACUUCCCGAAAGUCCCCUUGAUGGGAUUUAGAACGAUCUUGGAAUUUGCUUGCUCAGAGGGAGACAUAACGAUGGUCGACCUGAUCACCGAUGGAAAGUACUGUCUCCAAAGUUGUAGCGAACCGUUUGAGUCAGCCAUUAACAUCACUGUUCUCCAGAUGGUGGACCAUCCCAGCAAAGCCGAUGACUACUUAUCUAUUUUGAGGAUACUGUUUAAGAAUGCCCGUAAAGACGACGCUGAGGAGAUGCGUCCGUUUAUACUUCGUCUGGGGAUUACCUAUGGCAUCAAAGAACUUGUGCAAAUGUCCAUCGACCACGGGUUGGGGGUGAAUGACCGGACUCCCUAUUCACCAACUCCUCUUUACCAAGCCGCAGACUCUGGCCGGGCGGAGAUCACGGGCAUGCUCCUUGAUCAAGGGGCCGAACAAAGUCGCGAACUCGACCAUGACGCAGUGCAAGCUGCCUCUUUGAAGGGCCAUGUAGAUGUGCUCAGACUUCUGCUUACAAGGGCCACCAGUAUUAACGAUUAUGGCCACCCCCUUCUUGCAGGUCAUCUUGUUGUCUUUUACGAGCGGCAUAACGAAUGCGUGUUCUUGGAGCUCCUGAAAUGUGUUUGCGAGCAUGGCUUUGAUCUAAAUGCCGCCAGAUUUGGCACCAGGGCAAUGAGUCUUGCAUUUUCAUAUCAGCAUCGCACAGUCCAAGAUUACCUCCAUGGUAAAGGCAUUCCCCUCAAGACAGGACCGGCAGAGUCUAGCAAUCCUAAGCCUGCUCCUUAG